AGAUUAUGAAUUUUCACAAAGAUAUGAGUUUAUAUUUGCUGCAAAGCUUGUCCGUGGUGCCUAUAUGGUUAGUGAAAGUCUAAUGGCCAAGAAAUUAGGUUAUCCUGAUCCUAUACACGAUAGUAUAAAAGAUACUCAUAAAUCUUAUAAUAAUGCUGUUGAAUUUUUGUUAAGCAAAUUGUAUGAAUAUAAAAAGAAAUUAGAAGUUAAAAACGACAACAAUCAAGUAUUAAAUAUUAGAAAUAGCCCUUUAGCAUUUAUGAUUGCUUCGCAUAAUCAGGAAACCAUAAUUAAGGCAUCUGAAAAAAUAGAGCAAUUUGGAAUUGAUUUAAAUUCUGGGGCAAUAUAUUUUGCUCAAUUGUAUGGAAUGUGUGAUCAAAUUACAUAUACGCUUGCUAAUCUCGAUUAUCCUGUAUAUAAAUAUUUAGCAUAUGGAAAGGUAAAUGAAGUGAUUCCAUUUUUGAUAAGAAGAGCUCAGGAAAACUCUUCAGUACUUGAUGGACGCACAAUAGUUGAACAAAGAAUGUUAUGGAAUGAAAUAAUGAAUAGAUGGAAGUUUUACAAAUAA